GUUUGCAAAGUUAACUGACUUAGCAGCUAACAGUCUUGCAUGCAAUGAAGGAAUGGACAAUGUAAUUGUUCUGUAAGGCUUCAUCUCUUUUCUAAGCCAGCACUGUUGGUGCAAAGAGCCAGGAACUCAGGUACACUGCUUAGGAACUCUGUAUUGUGAAGCAGAUUUAUAGAUUCUGCAAUCAGAAGAGAUGUCUCUCUAAGGACACAGGCACAACUGUAAGGGACAGUUUCAUGACCUGUUGUUACCUGUCCAUGUGCAUCUUCACUACAAACAAGGCGAUGUUGAUGCACCUGAUCCUGUUGAGCCUGAUGAUUGGGAGCAGCCAAGGGUGCUACUGUGAACAUUACCCAUGGGGGUCGUGGUCUGCCUGUUCACAAACCUGCAAUUAUGGCACACAGACCAGGCACAGGCAAAUAAGAAUGGAUGAAUAUUAUAGCCAAAACUUCUGUGACCAGCUGUGCACAAAGCAGGAAUCUCGUGUGUGUAACCAGCAAACGUGUCCUAUCAACUGUCUGCUUGGAGACUUUGGCCCUUGGUCAGAAUGUGACCCAUGCGUUAAAAAACAAUUUCAUGUCCGGACGCUGCUGCGACCAGCCCAGUUUGGGGGUCAGGCCUGUACCGAGCCGCUGGUGGAUUCCCGCCCAUGCUUCCCAACUAAGUUCUGCAACAUAGUGGAGGUUGAUUGCAAGAAUAAAUUUCAGUGUGAAAGUGGUCGCUGUAUUGCAAAAAAAUUGGAAUGUAAUGGAGAAAACGACUGUGGGGAUAACUCUGAUGAAAGAAAUUGUGGGAGGAAAAAGACCCCAUGUAACAGGAAGUAUGAUAGCAUCCCAGGUGUGCAGUUAAUGGGCCACGGAUUUCACAUUCUGGCAGGAGAGAGCCGAGGGGAAGUCCUUGGCAACUCAUUCUAUGGAGGACAAUGCAGAACAGAGAAGCGCAAUGAGACAAGGAGGUUGUAUCGCGUUCCAGCCAACCUGGAGGCUGUCAGCUUUCAGGUAAUAGAUGAAGAGGAUGAUGUAACAUCAGACUUUUACAACGAUUUAACUCCCCUAAGUGAUAGUGCUCAGAGAAGUAGUUCAUCCACAUUUAGUGGUCGAAGUUCUUCUGGUAUCCCAUUUCUUUUCUCAAAAAAGCAACGGGUUCAAGUCACAUCAUCUUCUUCCUUCAAGAAAGCCAUUGAAGCCUCAUAUGAGAAGAAUUCCAACUUUAUUAGAGUCCAUAAAGUCAUUUCUGUUGCAAACUUCACAAUGAAACAGUCAGAUCUGCAGCUCUCAGAUGUCUUUCUAAAAGCACUUAACCACCUGCCACUGGAGUACAACUAUGCUUCAUACAGCAGAAUAUUUGAUGACUUUGGUACUCAUUAUUACACCUCCGGGAAGAUGGGUGGCUCCUAUGACAUUCUUUACCAGUACAGCUCUGAGGAAUUGAAGAACUCAGGUCUGUCGGUGGAUGAAUCAACGAUGUGUGUUCGAACAGAAACAACAAAGCGUGUGUUCUUCCGUAAGAAAAAGAAAGUCAGUCACAGAUGCGUCACAAACAGGAUGACCGUGAAACAUGAAGGUUCCAUUUUGGAGUCAUCCGAACGGUCAGUCUCCCUGGUAAAAGGUGGCAGGGCAGAGUAUGCCGCAGCUCUGGCCUGGGAGAAAAAGGGGGCUUUUCCAGGACACGAAGUUUUCACAGAAUGGUUGGAGUCAACGAAGGACAAUCCUGUGGUGAUUGACUUUGAGGUGUCGCCCAUCAUGGAUUUGGUGAGGAACGUGCCAUGUGCCGUGACCAAACGUCGCAACCUAAGGAGAGCCCUGAGGGAAUACGUGGCCAAGUUUGACCCCUGCCAGUGUGCCCCCUGCCCCAAUAACGGCAAGCCCGUGCUUUCUGGGACAGAGUGCCUCUGCCUGUGCCAGGCUGGCACCUAUGGCAAAAACUGUGAGAUACGAGCUCCAGGUUACAAAUCAGUUGCUGUAGAUGGCCGCUGGAGUUGCUGGUCUGAAUGGAGUUCAUGUGAUGCUUCCUUCAAAACAAGAAGGACCCGGGAGUGUAAUAACCCCUCCCCAAUGAAUGGAGGGAAGCCCUGUGAGGGUGAACGGGAAGAAGAGGAGACCUGUUAUGUCUCUGUGUUCACAGACAGAGGUGCUCCUUGUAUAAAUGAUGAUGAAGCCAGGAGAGAAGAGGAAGUCUUGAUUGGUGAACCUGAGUCUGGAUGCUCCAGACCAGACCCACCAGAAAAUGGCUUUAUCAGGAAUGAAAAGAGCCAGUAUGCUGUAGGGGAAGAAGCUGAAAUUGCCUGUGUGAGUAGUCAUGUCCUCAGUGGCUACCAGUUCCUUCGGUGUCUGCCAGAUCAAACCUGGAUGCGGCAACCUGUUGAAUGUCAACCCUCGGUAUGCCUCAGGCCACCAACAUCUGACAGUGUCACAAUUUCCCCAUUUAAGCAACAGUACAAGAUUGGUGAAACCAUGAAGCUGAGCUGCCCAGCUGGGUUUGUAGUCACGGGUCAAACACAGUAUACCUGUGGGAAAGACCUGUCCUGGAUACCUCCUGUUUUGAGAUCUAUUACAUGUGAAAAAGAUGUGCAAACUGAAAUUAGAGGUAUUUGCAAUCCAGGACAAAAGCAGGUUGGAUCUCAGUGUGUUUGUAUGUCUCCAGAAGAAGAUUGUGGCCACUACUCAGAAGACAUCUGUGUGCUACAUGCUGUUUCUGAACAGAACGUGACCAAGCCCAGCUGUCAGUAUUCAGCUGAAAUGUGCCUCGGAGAACAGUCAUUUCAUUUCAUGCAUGCUGGCCCUUGCCAUGGUGAUUCCAACCUAGACUGGGCUAUUGAAAGGGCGAAGCUGUCUACAAAUAGCUUGAAGAAAGUGCCCUGUGGCUAUGACACCUGCUAUGACUGGGAGGAGUGUCCAGACACGCGGACCCAGUGCGCCUGCCUGAUGCCUUAUCAGUGCCCCAAAGAAGAGACACGUCUUCAUUGCAUCCGUUUGGAGCUGACAGGGAGGAAGAGGACAGUCAGCCAUUGCAUGCUGGCAGCCAUGAAGUGUUCUGGCAUCAGCCUGGAGGUGCUGGAGCAGGGGAGCUGCCUGGUGUAACCCAUAAGCUCUCCCAGCAGCCACCACCAUCAUCCCAAUGUGCGUGGCCGAGCCACCCUGAGGAAAUCUUGGCUGGUUAUGAAAGGACAAGUAGAUCAAAACCAAAGGUUGACAAAAAAAGUAGAGCUCACUUAACAGAUUUUUGGGGAUAAGAGUGGCAAUGGGUAUUUUUUCAUCUGAAAAUGAUCUGGGCUGCGGGGUAUAGGGAUUGCUCUCACAGCUGGUAACUCCGUGGGUGUACAGAGGGAGGGAGGUAAGGGGAGGGGAAGGGAGAAAGGGGAGCAUGGCCCUGGGUCUCCCCUGCCACUGGAUGAGACUUUUCCUUUCCUCAGACAUUUAUUGCUCUGUUCCUGCACUUGUGCAUGCUGUGCCCCGUGUUUUUCUCGCCGGCUGAGUACUGGCUGCAUGAUCCAGGCAGGCAGACUUCAUCAUCAUUGCACAUUCUCUCUGACACUUAAUGGGGUCAUGAAGGAGGCUACCUGUCUGGGUAUCCAUGGUAUAAAUUCAGGAAGAAAUAGAGAAUACUGAAAACCUCAAAUAUGCAAUGAUUGAAUGAAACCCUCAAAACCAUGAGAUUUUAAAUCAGAGUAACUGAAGAGAUGAAACAUUCUGGGUUAGCUUGCUGGUUUUAAGCCUUAGACACUGUUGAGAUAUUUUUAUGGUAAUCAUGGAGGUGGAUUAAACAUGUUUGUGCUUAAAUAUUAAAAAAACCCAAUCUUUAAUGAACAAUGCAUUGGGCAGAAUCUUACUGCAAUACUAUGUGGUUUUACAUGGAAUCUACAAAAAUACAUCACAAACAGAUUCCUUAAAUACAUUUGCACCAGCAGUGCAGCAGUGCAAGUGUACUACCCAAGAGCAGUUGCAUGGAGCACCUCAGCCCAGCCGUGGGUCCAUCCCCCAGCCCAGCUCUGCUGCACAAAGGUGGCCCCUGAGGGCUUCCAUUCCAGGAGGGCGACAAGAUAAGGCUGAGGCUGUUUCUUAUCUCAUCACCAAGGGAAACUUCACUCCCUUGCAAAGAUUUGUUCCUUCUCUGAUAUUUCUACUUCCAGCCAGUUUAAUCCCUUCUUGUAGUUUGUCCUUCUUGCCCUCUGUGCCAGGUCAUUCCUCAGUCACAAAUUACCACUGCUGAGCAGUUACAAUCAGAAUUUCCCCUCCAACACUCAGAAUUAUGUAAAACUGAGGAUUAGAAACCUGCUCUCCUGGAAGAUGAAAGCUGAAAGUCACUUUCUUUCACCAGCAGUCAGCAGAACAAUGAAAAUCUGGAAAUAAAGCACAAGUGUCCGUUGAUUAAUAACCUGCCCUGUGUAUAAGCAUCAUACCUUGUCAGGAUCUGGGCAGAGUCAUUUGGGAGCUGGGACUGGGCUGGAUGUGAAAUUGUUAGUUUUCCUCUAAGGAGGUAUCAGACCCCUCUAUUUGGGAUGUUGCAAAGCACCUAAAAUCAGCAGCUAUUCUCAACCGGAUGGAGCUCAAGGAAACAAGGCAAUUAAUCCUGCUGCUGAAUACAAUAAAGCACUAUGUUUCCUUGUUUUAAAUAUGUGGUAAAAAUUACUAUUAAAAAACUGAGGUAGGUUUGCCUUUGUAGUUCUGUAGCUCUUUCCUCCAGCUGAAGAUAAGUGCUAAUAUCCUGGUGAUGGUCUGGGGGAGGGCUGCAAAUUUGAUGGUCCCCAGCUUGUUUUUAGGGCCCUUAUUUCAUGUUGCUGGUUGCAUUCUGUGGGGGAAUAAUUACUCAGAAUGUCUAUGUAUGCCUUCUGCACCCUCAACAUGCAAUGAAGAUUUCUUGUUCCUGACCCUCUAACCUUAAUACUAGCUUUUCAUUACAGGGCUCUGAUUCCACUGUGACUGUCUAGUAAUGUUUCUGAUAGGAGGAAUUUUUUUUCCUGACACUUCUCACCAUGAAAAAUUGCCAGAUGAAGUUAUUUCCUGGUAAACACAAAGCAGACAAGAACUCCCUGCCCAUCCCCAUUUCUCCAGCACCGCCGGUCUCAGGGUGGUUGUGUGCUAUGCAAGUGUUUGCAUUAAGAUUUAUAUUGUUCUCUCUUCCUGUUGCGGAUAACUCUCGUAGUUUCUGUUUCAGUUGAGCAUUAUGGCACAGAGUGGAGACAUCACCUGCCACUCACUAAUAAGACGAUGAUUCGGCCAUAAACUGAAUCCAGAGGAAAUCUUCAUCUGGGUGAAAUUAGUAGGAGUUUUGCUGUUGACUUCAGUAGGGUUAAGACUGCACUCGCAAGGACUUUGGGUUUAUUGCUAUGCUCUGUCACAGGUGUCCCCAACCGUCACAUCAAAAACUGCAGCUCUUCAAAUGUUUCCUGCAACACCUAUCUUUUUCUUGGAUAACCUCUCCUCUCCUAGUGUGAGGACUUAUAUUAGGUAAUGAUAGAGUUUUCUUGUUCACUGGUGGCAGGAAAUGCUGUCUCUCCUUUGCCCAUUGUAAGCUCCAAGUAAUGUUAUCUGGCUUGAUGGAUCAUUGCCUUGGGUCAUAAAUUAUAAUUUGGGAAGAUGAAGCAAACCUGUACUGAAUCUGUCAGGGUAACCAGGGUCACAGAGAUCUGACUGAUUCUCGAAGGACAGCUUUCUCGGUAAUGCAGCUUCUCUACUGCACAGAAAAAUCCCAUCUAUUUGUUCUUAACGUCAGAGAGGAGGCAUUAUCCAAAAUGAAUAUAAUGAGCCUUUCCACUGAUGCAAAGUUCCAUACAACAUCCCAGCACAUUUAAUUUUUCUCUAGCACAAGAGUAUGUGAAGUGUGUGUAGAAUACACUUACCACAGUGAGACAGCUGAGGCACAAAUCAAUGGUCGUACAAUUAGCAGCUGCUGUUGCGGGCUUCUGUAUAAAUAGUUACUGCAAUUGUAACAUAGAAUGCAAAAUGUGACCAAAUAUAAAAAAGAACUAAAUAUAUAUAUAGUGUUUGUUAUAAUGUUUAUCCUUAUACAACCUCAGAAAGGGGUAAUCCGAAGUUUGCUUCAAGGGUUUAAAUAUAAAACAGCUCCAUAGGUUUAACUAGCAACCAGCAAGCUUUUUCAAUGGGCCACUGCUUAGUUAAAGCAACUAAUGUUUCCUCUUACAUGAGGAGAGAAAACAUCUUGCAUUAAAUAUUUGAGUCCUGAUGUCUUUAUUUCAGCUGUAGUGUGAGAGGUAAAUAUCUCUUAAGAAUUUGGUGAAAAAUAUGACUGGGGCUAUUAAAUGCAAAGUUGCUAGAUGCAGUGAGCACAGCAGAAGAUGGGAACUAGAGCUUUUGCUAGUGUUACCUUCCCAGUGAGUGGUAAACCAGAGGCGAUCCCGGGCCAACAUGCUGUCCAACAUGCUCUGGGGUGUGCAGGGAUGUACCUCCAGGAGCAGCAUAAUUUGCAGCAUUGAUGAUAGCUCCAGCUAAACAUAUUCAGUGUAUGUAUUUAGAGGAAGAGAUCCAUCAUGUUUCUCCUCACCCAGAGAUACCUGACCAUUAGGUUUUGGCUAGUUGCUUCAGAAAACAGAGGCUUCAGCUUUAUCUGUAGCAAAACUGACUCAGCUCUGCUGCUGGAAUGUUAUGGGAUAACAAUGGUAAAAAUAAUAUUGUUUAAAAGUUAAAACUUAACUAGCUUUAAUAAACCCUCUGCUCAAAGGUGUCAAUUUUACUAUAAGGAGUCUUUCAACUGGCUCCCAAGGCUCUGUGUGUUUGUUCAUGGGUAGGUGUGAAGAUUUCUGACACAGAGGGGUUUGGGUAAGAUGAUCUUCCUUCCUUGGUUACUGGGAGUGAGCUGCCCUUUAAGGUGUGAGUCCGCAUCCAAGCUAAUCAUCUUUGGCUGUCCUUUUAGUCAGUGGAGGAGAGAAACUGUCCCUUGGAGGACAGGAUUUCUGUCUUCGUAGGUUGACAUCUAAAAACAGGCCAGAUGAGUCAUGCCCUAAAGGUGCCUGUCUUCCUCUGUUGACAGUGAAGGGAGCAGGGGGGUGACCAGGCCAGCCACAAAUAUUUAUGCUAUAGGUGUCUAAAAUUGCAUGAAGCUAAUCCUAUAAUUUCUUUUUUUAAAAUUUUGUGUGUAUAUAUAUAUUUAAAAUAUACGACUAUGUAUAUACUCUUAA